AUGUACAUAUUUCUCAAGACAUACCUUUGGAAUUAGGGAGAAAUGGGUUUACUGUCAAAAGAUAUGGAAUAGUUUUGACUAGGACCUGUGCGUGUUGAGAGGUUUCAAUAUCUUUUACCUAUGGUAUAUAGGUAAAUGUUUAUUGACGGUCAAAGGAAUGGAUUGUAUGGAUAUGAUUAGCAUUUUCAAUUGGAUUUUUAUAUAUUCCGUAUUGAGGAUGUAUACCAAGCGAAGUGAUUUGUGAAAGGGACGAUUUAAAAGUAAAUAAGCCACAGUUGUCAAUUUGGGUUAUACGACAAUUAUUGUCAAAUAUUUUAAUGAGAAAAUCCUGAAGAGACUUUUUAUCAACAGGAUGUUUUGAUUUCAAUCUGAAUGAAACCAUGGGUUAAACUGUGAAUCCUUUUGUGUUGUUUAGACAUUAGGAAAAAUGGAUUUUCGUUGGAAUUGUUUUGUGUCUUCUAAUUUUUAUAAAGUUGUAGCGUGUUUCUUUCUGUUUGUGUCUAAUUGUUACCAGUGAAAUUCCAAUUUUUAGUGAGAAGUGUAUUAUGUAGUUUGAUCAUUCUGAAAGUCAGCUGAAAAUUUGAAAAUGGAUAUACAAAAAUUAGCCAAAAAGAUGUGGCAUAGGAAUACAAAGAUGGAGGAUUUAAGGAGAACUGGCUCCUUAAGGAUAAAGAAGGGAUCACAUACUAUUUUAGCUAGAGCCAGGAGUGAGGGGUUGCCAAUAUUUGAUGAAGCUCCAUUAGAAUUGCCUCAGAGAUCAUAUACACCGUUACCAAAUCUUCCUCCAAUGAGACCUCGCUCCGCCUGGAAUUUUGAAGAUGAUACAGAUUCAACAACUUCAUCAGAAACAAUGACAAGUGUGUCAGAUGAUGUUCCCAUUGGUUCUAGUCAGUUAUACUACACAACACCACCUAAAGCUAACAUGGUACGCAAUCAAGACGACAAAAGUGUUGGAUUUCACAAAGUAACGAGAUGCUUGAGUCAAAAAGAUAGAAUAAAGAAUGACGUGUUACAGGAACGACAACGAUCAGUCAGUCUGGAUUGGAGAAAAACUUAUAUUCUUGGUGAUGGACGAACGAUAAAGAUAUUUAUGUCUCAGAACAAUGACACAUCACCAUCCAGAGAUACCCCGACUGGUCUGUUACCUUCCCCUAGUGCACCCGCUCAACUCAGAAACAUGAAUGGAUACCAGUCUUCUCACCGUGGAUCUAAAAUACUUGUCUCAGCAAAGAAAAGAGGGUCUACAAGCAGUGAUACGGACAUUUUGUCGCCACAUAAGAUGUAUGAGAGACGGAGGUCUGAUAGAGAGAAACGAUCAGGAGAUGCUUCAGCUUUGUUUGAAGUGGUAGAACAACAAGACAUAGACUCUGUGAAGGCCAUUCUGGAAAGUAAUACUGUUAAUGUAAAUAGUUUGAAUGCUGAGAGAUUAACUCCCCUUGAUGUAGCAGUGAUGACCAAUAAUAUUCCAAUGGCUAAGUUACUGCUGAGUUAUGGUGCAAGAGAAAGUCCUAUGUUUUUGAGGAUAGACAGUAGAUCAGCCAAGUUAGAUGAAUUAGUAAUGGAUGCAGAGAAACGUGUGGUAGAUUUAUCAGCAGCCAUUCUUAAUGCUUCAGCAAGCAGUGGAUCUCUUUCAACUACGCAACAAAAGGAGAACGAGAAGCAGUUAAGUCACUGGGAGUUCAGACACAAGCUAUUAAAAAGAAUGAAAGCUGGAUAUGAUCAUGCAAGAAUGCCCGACCCUCCAAGUUACGUGAGUUUGACAGUUGCCAGUAGUUCAUCUUUACUUGUACGAUUUGAUGAACCUCUCAAUCAUAAUGGAGCAGUGGUUACUAAAUAUAAAGUGGAAUGGAGUUGUUUUGAAGACUUUAUGCCAUUAGCUGGAGACAGCAUUGUUGAGAAUAUGAGACAGUUAGAGUACGAGAUUGAAGGUCUGGCAAAAGGAAACCGAUACUAUGUUCGAGUGGCAGCAUGGAAUAUGAAGGGAUACAGUCCAUUUUCUUCAGCAAAACCUUCAUAUGCUGUGCCGUCAAGUUGGAGAGACGUAGAUGGAAACGCAAUGUCUCGAACAGAAGGAAAAAAUAAAUUGAUGGAUGAAUUAUUCUCCCAAGUGAAACAUUUGCGGCCUCCUGAUGCUUCUGAACUAAAAGAUAAUACAGGUGGUGAUUCUCCUCAACAAAGAAAGAGAAAAAGUAUUAAGAAUCUGUUUACCUCAGCUCCAAAAUUUUAUAAAACAUUAAAACGUGGAGUUUAUUUAGCUUGCCUAUUAUAUAAUGGUGACAAAGUUCUGGUUACUGGAGAUGAUCAGUUACCGAUAGUAGAAGUGGAUGAGAAUUUCUCAGGACCAAGUGUCUACAAUGAUUUUCAUUGGCUAAUGAAGGUAUCCUGUACCUGGGAGGAUGUCAAGUCAUUACGGCAAGACAUGGAUAAAAAUACUAGUGCUGGAACCAUGCAUUUUAGAAGUAAACUAUUACAGGCAGUAUCUAUUAUGCAGAGCUCUUUAGGUGUACAAGAUAUAGGGCAGUUUCAUUUUAAACCAUUGAAGGACCCAAAUGGAUGUAUAAUACUUACAACCGUGUGCAAUAUUAAAGAUCCAAAGACUGUUAUCCUGGGGUCAGGGAGGUGGAUUAGCUUUGCCAAAUUAUUACGUAGAUCCUCAGCAGCUUUACAAGAAUUACAAGAUUCUCCUGAUGUUUUACAUUCAUCUAUAGGCGAGAUGAUUUUGUACCACCAAGUCAGUACUAUCCCUCUAGCCAAAGGACUGUACAUAUGUUACCUUAAGUUACAAGUAGCUGUCGAUCUCAUACAAGUUCUCGUACCAAGAAAAGCACCAAAUGUUCUUCCUUAUGUCAAAGUCAGAGACUGUCCUAAUGUUUCAAGAGAAGAAUGGGAAUGGCUACAAACAAUCAAUGCAGAUCAACACGUGGCUCCACCUACAAGUACUCAACAACAGUUUCGCAGUCAAAUAAACCAUUCUACAAAUAAGCUGUUUGGCAUGUUAGAAGUAUCAGAGAACAUGGCUGGCAGUCAUCGAUUAUAUGAUCUGGAAGUGAUGGAGUUUAGUAAUGAUGUUACAUUCCUGUUGGUGCUGCCCCCUGUUGAGGAUGUCUGUAUUGUACCAGGUCAACGUGACCUACUUACAGAGAAAAGAGAUUUUAUGUUGCUUCCAGUUCAAGUAUUUGAAAUGAUUCAUAUGUGUACAUACAGACCUGAUUUGAUUAGUCGAUAUGCAAGGUUAUCAGCUGUAUUGGAAAUGGAUGUUAGUCUAGCACAGCAAGCACAACGUGAGGCAUUUUCUGAUGAAGAAGUGAAUGGUACCAGAGACAGAGUGGACAGAUUAAACAGUUUACAACAAUCUUUAGAUCGUUCAUGGAAAGGAACACGUUGGAUUAUGGAUUUAAUUACAUUUGCAAGAGACAAAUCAUCGCGAGGUGGCAUACCAUGUAGUAUGUUAGACAAUUCCUCAAAUGACGCAUUCUCACCAAAGAUUAAUGAGGACAAUGUGUUCGACAAUAAUAACUCUCACCCAAGUUGUGGAUCAGCAGGUUGUGAUUCAAAUGAGAUCAGUGUUGGUAAAGACAAUCGCAAAAUUGCUAAAUUUUACGACCCAAAUGAAGAAGUCUCCAAAAAUAAUGGGCAUGUGCAAAAAGAAUCUUCUCAUUCAUCAUCUGGAAUUUUACAAGUAUAUGUGGCAUAUGAAACCGGACUGUCAAAAGGAACGCGAGUAAGACUGCAUGUGACAGAAAAAACUACAGCACGAGAAGUUGUGACGCUAGUUGUGAAACAAUUAAACAAAGCAGUGACUUCAAAAGGAAAAUCUGGUCCUAUUUAUGGUGAGGAUGAACUUGAUAAAUUCUGUCUUGUGGCUGUGAUAGGUGCUAGAGAAAGGAUACUGCGGGACGAUUAUCAUCCAUUACAAUUACAAAAUCCAUGGACUAAAGGCAAACUAUAUGUCAGAAUGAAACGUAAUUUAUUAGCGGCCAUUCAGCAGGGUCAUGCAACAGAAGUAUAGGAUUGUGGCAUUAUCUCAUUCAUUUUAAAGUUGCCAUUUGUUCAGUGCUUUCAUAUUUCCAUAUCAUUUAUACCAUACAAGUGUGAUAAAACGGUGAUACAACUCUUUGUUUCUUUUUUUGUAUUUUUUUUUAAGAAUGCUGACUUUAUAUGCUGGUACCUAUGUACCUAAAUUAACUGUGAUGAAGUAUUUUGUAGUUGAAAGUUGAAGGUUGUAAGCUGAUGAGUUUAAUGAAGUUAAUUAGUGCAUAACAAGGAUUGUGAUCAUGUCAAUGUAGGAGAAUAUGUAUUUGUUAAUGUAUAUUGCAACUUUAUUUAUUUUGAUUAAUGUUAAGCGUUAAUAUUUAUUAAAAGAAACAAAAUACUCAUUUUAUUGUGAGGGAAUUUAUUAUUUAUUAAUAUUUAACAUCAUAUCUGAUUAAUUGCAUGAUUUUGGGAAUAAUAUCAAAGAUAUUGGUAAAUCUUAAAUCUGAAAUUCAGAAAUCAAAGACAAUUGUAAUGUUUUAAUUUGAAAAUCAAAAUCAAAAAGAUUUUAGGUAACACAUUUCAAUGUACUGUACAUCAUUUCUUUCACAUAAAUUUGUUUUGCUUUAUUACUCAUACAAACCUAGUCAAGCCAUGUUAUAAGUAGACUUUAAACAAUGUCUAAUAACUAGUCCAGUCACAUAUUAACUAAUGACGAUGAUUCCAUCCACAUAAUUUAAUUUUCAUCUUUUUGUUUGUAUUGAUUAAUGUUUUCUCAUCAUGGGAUAUGACGUGCAAUCAAAAUACUGUGAAAUUAUGCAAAAUUUGAAUAGUACCAUAGUUAAAUUCUAAUCUAAAUUUACCAGUUAUACAUUUUUGGGUGAUGAAUGUGACUUUGUUACUUUGUCUUAGGAAACAACAUAUAACUGACUUCUAAGUCUGUAGUUGAUAAUUUGUAAGUUGUGUAUCUUAUUUGAGUUAUCUAGUUAAAGACUUUCUUAAUUGAAGAGAAAUUAUCUAAAUCAGUUUCAAAAACUUUGGACAGAGAUGGACACUGCACUCAUUCAUACAGCUUAUGUCUGAAUAUCUCAAAGGUUAGAAGUAAGUUCAAACCGAUUUAGGCAUGUAUACAAAUGGUAUCUAAUGAAUAUUCAUGAUUUCACAGUAUCACUAAUUUUCUUCCAUAAUGAAUUGUAUUGAUUUAUAUGUAGGAAGCUUUUUAUGCUAGGUACAUGUAUAAUGAAAACAGAUAUUGCAAUGUAUUUUCAUUCAGAGCAGUUCUUUUAAAUAAGAGCUUCGUCUCUUGACUGUUGAUUUUUGGUUUAUAAGCUAUUCCAAGUCUUUCUGAAAUUUUGAAGAACUGAUCAAAUUUUUUUUCUAAUUUUGAUAUUUUUAUACACAGAAAUGACAUAAGAGAAAAACAAGUUCUGAUAAUGAAAAAGGGGGGAUUAAAUUUAUGUAAUGAAAAGUAAAUUCUGUAAAAAAAGUUAUGAAAUAAUUUUAUGUCCUUCAGUUUUAUUUGGAUUACUCAAUUCUUUAAAAGAAUAACAUUGCACCAAAACAAAACAUUCUUGAUUUAUAACCAAAGUAUAAUUAAGACCAAAAUGUCUGUGUUUUGUCAAAGUAAACAAGUUUUUUUCUCAUGCAACAUACAUUUGUACAUGUAUUUUUGUACAUUAGCCAGCUAUUUAUGAGUUGUAAUGACUUUGAAUUGUUAACAGUUAAAUAAAACAUUAAAAUCAA